AUGCAGUGUCCUCAACCUCCCCACAGUGGGCCACACCAGGGCUUGACAGUCGGCCUUCAUACGUCCUUGUGGUUGACUCUGUUCUGGAUGAGGUCAUUUUCCAGCGGCUCGUCCUUCAUAUCUAAACGUAGUGGCAGUGCGGAGGUUGUGCACAUCUGUCUGCAGCUGCCCAACCCCCACAUAAAGUACCACACACAGACUCCACGCUGCAGAGGAGGGCCCAAAGCCUCUAUGGGGGAAAAUGUCUUUGUCUGA